AGCGUUUAAACCAAUCAGAGUUCGAGUUUGAGGUGUAACUACGGAAAGCGUCCUGACAUGUGGAUUACAUGCCGUAUGGAAGUAGAGAGGCUGUUUUAAAACAGUUGAAGCUGCAUCACUGUUACGAUGGCAAAGAGUCAGCUUCUUCAGCCCGAGACUUCUUCAGAGAAAAAGAAGUCAAAACAAGCCGUGAAAGACAAGAAGAAAAUGAAGAGGAAGAAGGCAGAAUAUGAGGACUCUGAGACGUGUGUCCCUGCUGAUGAUGUCACAGAGGUGAAGAAAAAGAAAGCCAACAUAAACGACGUCACAACACUCGAAGGCAAGAAGAAAAAGAAGCAGAGGGAGACCAAGAGCAAGAGUUCAGAUGAGUUCAUCUCUCCUGCAGAAGCUGAUCAGCCUGCAGAAGCACAGAUGAAUGAAGUGGAGGAGGAAGGGAUGGAGGAGGAAGGGAUGGAGGGAGGGGAUGACCUGACCCCCGAGGAGAGACGAGUGCUGGAGAGGAAGUUGAAGAAGAUUCGGCGAAAGGAGGAGAAGAAGAAACAGAAAGAGAAAGAGAUGAGUGAAAAAGAGGGGAGCAAGACCAGCGUGGCCCAGAAACAGGCUCUGGAGUACCUCACAUGCUGGUCAGAGAAGCGGGAUGAAUGGAAAUUUCAGAAGACGAGGCAGGUGUGGUUACUGCAGCAUAUGUUUGACAGUGAGAAGGUGUCUGAUGCUCAUUUUGCAGUGUUGUUAUCAUAUCUGGAGGGUCUGCAGGGAGUAGCUCGAGAGACCACUGUGCAGAAAGCAGAGGCUCUGGUCCGUUGGGGUGGGCAGGAGGAUACAGAGGGCGGAGCUGCAGAGGCAGAGAGGAGAGCACACAGAGCCAAAGAGGUCAUUCAGAUUCUCUCAUGAUCACCAGAUCAAACUCGUCUCUCGGACUGGCCUCUUUGUGUCCGUCUAUGCCAUCACACACAGUGCUGUGUACGCUUCACGCUCGAAACGUCUCACACUGUUCAGAAUAAUUUCAAGAGAUGAGGCGAGUGCGAUAGAGCAGGAAACACAUGAUCAGUGUUCAGGGUCCCCAGUGAUGUGGAUGAGAAUCAUAGACAAGUAAUAUGUCUGAACCUGUAAAUAUGUAUGACAUUAAAAUGUUUUUAUAAUAAAGAUAUGUGAUUUUA